UAUAUAAUCCACCAGGCUGUUUUCUAAGGGGUGGGGUAAGGCCCAGCCUCCUGCAGCAAUAUAUCAGGCUUUGUAUCUGUUGUGAAUUCCUCCCUGCAGAAAGCAAAGAAUCGGGCCUUAAAAGAGAGUCUCCUGAAAGACAGGUAAAAGGGAGCAAGGGAGGGGCAGAAAGCUCUCUGGAAUGGCGCCAGCCUCCCUUCCUCUUGGCCUCUGAAGCACUGGCUUCGUUCAGGCUGCCUGACUCAGCUUUGCCUCUGCUUAAACGGAGGUCCUGCCCAGAAAUUGAGUUCAAACAAGGCCAAUUUGGGGAACGGUGUGUGUACUAGUGUCAGUGCAAGAUACACUGGGAGGUUUCUAAUUGUUUUGAGCAUCUCCUGCAGCAGGAGGACGGCCCUUUUGAUGAGACGGCAGCCCUUUUGUGUGCAGCUGCAAGGAAGGGUUGCUAUGACAUGGCCCAGCAGCUCCUCUCCCAGGGAACAGGGGCCAUGAACAGCCAGGAUGCCACCGGCAGAACCCCCCUUUUCUGGGCCACAGAAUACAGGCACGAGAGACUGGUGGAGCUGUUGCUGUCCCAUGGGGCAGACCCAGAUAUCCGUGACAAAGUGUGUGCAAGAUAGGGGUUGAAGGGAAGGGAAGGGGAAGGGGGAACAUCCAGCAGCUGCCUCAUACAAACCAAGAGGGCUGCAGCUGGAAAGAGGCGAGAGACCCAGACAGGUGCCCCAAACAGGCACACUUGGCUUGGUUCCAGCUACACCUCCAGGCUCAGCUUUAUGGAACUUGUAGCAAUGGGCCAUUGGGCCCCAACAGCCCUGCAAAGGAGGGGAAUGUUUGCUUGCACAGGGCGGCCUAUUUCGGCUCACCCACCAUUGCUAGGAUGUUGCUGGAAGCUGGCUCAGAUUUGAAUGCAACAAACCAUCUGGGUAACUCACCUCUGCACCUGGCAGCCCAAGAGAAGUGCCACGAAUGCCUCAGCCUUUUCCUGGCCUGUGGUGCAGUCUUUCUGAAGAACAAAGCAGGGCAGCUGCCCCAGCAAUGCACCCAGCUCAGCUCCCCCUCCUGCAGGGCUCUGCAGGCCUUCUCUGCCCAGUUUCCAAGUCAGGUAGAGCAGAUACUCAGCAGGGACAUCUCCCGGGGAUUUGAGCAGGUUGCCAUUCCCUGCCUCAAUAUGGUAGACCAGGAAUCCUGUCCCAGGGAUUUCCUCUACAUCACAGGGAAUAUCGUAUCAGGCUCAGGGCUUCUUCCCACAAAAAGCUGGGAUCAAAGUCAGCUGCUGCUCUACCACCCUUGGGGAUCAGAAUGUGGCUGGAUGCCGGGCUGCCGGUGUGAUGGAGGUUGCAGUGUGGCCAGCUGUCCCUGCAUCCUGCGCAGUCAGUGUUCCUGGACCCUCACGGGUGGCCAACUCAGGCUGGAUACCACUGGCACAGCCCCUGAGAUGGGAUCCAUCUACGAAUGCAGCAUGCUGUGUGCUUGUCCCAGGUCCUGCCCCAACCGGGUGGUGCAACGUGGGCUCCGAACCCAGCUCCAACUUUACAGGACAGCUGCCAAAGGCUGGGGUGUGCGCACAGUGCAGGAUGUGCCCCAUGGAGCCUUCCUUUGCCAGUACUUUGGGGAGCUGAUUUCCAAUACUGAGGCUGCACACCGAGAGGAAGACACUUAUUACUUUGUGGUGGACAUGCAGGAUGGGCAACAGUGCUGCCUUGAUGGGCGCUAUUAUGGCAAUGUGGGGCGCUUCGUAAAUCAUUCAUGCCAACCCAACUUGAUGGCCCUACAAGUUGCUCUGGGAUACGACAUCCCUGGCGUUGCCUUUUUCAGCACACGAGCCAUCCAAGCUGGUGAAGAACUUGGAUUCGACUACGGCGACCAGUUCUGGGAGGUGAAAAGCUGGAAUUGCACCUGCCUCUGCGGCUUCCCCGGCUGCAGGCGCUUGGCUAGGAGUCCCGCCCGUCUUCCUUCGCCGGCAGCUGGAGACCCCGGCUCGGGGCCCAGCUCUCCCUGCCCUUCACGGCCUCCGCUCCGCGGCUUCGCGCUCAAGACCAAGCGCUCGAGCCCCCUGAAGAGGGUCACCCGUUCCCGCCUGGCUCGCGAGUCUCGGCCGCCCUAGCGCUGCUCAGGGCCUCGUCUCAGAACGCCCCAAUAAAGAGCCCGCCAGCCCCGCCGCGCCUCUCCGUGUGUGUCUCUGUGC